AGAGGAUAGCGGUGAAAGUGGACAAGUUCGAAGUCGCUUUCGGAUUUCGUAAUGGCGGCCGACAUGCCAGCAAGUGUCCCUCCAGAGGCUGAACCGGAGUCGAGCCCAUCACCACGUCCAGUUCGGGCUCCGUCAGAACAAAUGCUCGCUGAGUUUCACGAACUGUACCAGGAUGAUUCCCCGGAAGAUGAGGAACCGUCGAGCGAAGAAAGGAACGUUUCGUUGAAGGAUUUCGUGCUGAGGCCAAAAUGUAGUCGUUGCGUCAUUUUCCGUGACAACUGCAUUGGAUACCUGAACGCGCUUUCUGAUCUUUCUCCUCGCAUAGGCGAAUUAGAGGCGCUCAGGCCGGAGAUCAAAAUGCUGAAGAAACUCAACGCAGACUUGACCACCCAGCUUGAGGAUAGCAUUCGAUCUGAGCAAACGCUCAAAGCGCGGGUUACUGCUGGCGACGAAGAGAAUGCGAAGGUGAAAGAACAAUUAGAGUCCCUGGAGAAAGAUUAUUAUAGUUUGGCAAAGGCAGCCGAAGAAGGAAAAAAGCACGCACAUGAAGCCAGUGUCUGGCGUGUGAAAUACGAAAAAACGUUGGACAUCUGCGAGAAAUUGCAAGAUAAGAGGAAAAGAGAGACUGCUAAUUUCGAAAAGUUGCUCAAUCUCGCCGAAGGAUAUAAAAAGGAGUUAGAUGCAACGAAAGCCAAAUUCCAAGAAGAAAAGGCUCAGCAUGUCGUUUGGGCUAGCGCUUCAAAGAGAUAUGUACCAAGACUGUAUGCGCUAGUAAAGACUAUAAUGUCUGACUCAAACGUGGUAGCUCAGCUUUCGAGCAAAACUCAGGCUGAAGCUGCUAAAUUGUGUGCUCCUGAAGUGAAAAAGGCUCUGAGAGUUCCGGUCGUCGAUGAAGAGGAAGACGAAGAAAGUGUUUUGCUGGAAAGAUUGCUCAAUGCUGAGUCGACGUCGGAAAAAGGACCUCAGCUAGAUGAGCCUAGCGGAAGUGACUUUGAUACGUCUGCGAAGAAGGUUGAGUCACUGCUUCACAAGCCAAUAAGCGACAUUCCUGCACCUGUGCCUUCUGCUACUGAUCUCUUAUUGUCUGAGCUCAACGACGAAGAGGCUGAUGAGUUGCUUGCUGCCGGAGCUGAAGCGCUCAAUAGUAUUCCAUCUAAAUCGCCUGCUAAAAGAGGUGGGGGAAGCGCACGUGGUAGAGGGCGUGGCGCUAGGAAAGGACGAGGCCCUAAGCAAACCCCAGCAUUUGCUGCUAGCUUUGACCAUGACAGUAUUGAUAGACGUUAUGAUGAAAUGCUGCAGUCCAAGCUCAAGCGUGGUGGUACCAAUGAAGCUUCUGAUCUUGGCAGCGGCGGCUUGAAGCACAUGAGUAUCCAUGGGAAGAAAACUAUGACAGUUCGUGAACAGCAACAAGCUCAGAUGAAAGUCUCUAUAAAAGAGAAGGUUGCCAUGAUGAAAAAUCUUGAGAAAGCAAAAGAGAAUGUCUCUGAAACGCUAGAUGGUGGUGAAGGUUCAUCGAAAGACAUAAAUGUUGCAAAAACAGUGGAUGGUGACACGCAGAACGAAGAGACGACCUCGCCGACCAAGUCUAGCUAUUCCGUUAGGAACGACUUAGUUAUGUCUGCUUCUCCUUCACCUGCUUCUAGCAUCGCUGCAGAGCCAAUCGUCGAAGCUCGAGACGAAGCAGCUGACAAGGGUGUUGAUGCCCAUGAAUUCCUUGCACUUGAAGAAUUUGGUACCUUGGAACAAGGUGAUACUCCAAGCAAUGCUGAGGUUGAGAAUGAAAAUGCUGCUGCCAUGGAAAUGGAAGUUGUGCCUACAUCUGGUGAUACACAUGGGGAAACGAUGGAGCCACUGACGGGCACUUCAGAGUUGUCCGAAGAGGUGGUUAGUGAACCACCCGUCGAAAAAAUUGUUGAUGAACGCUUCAUGGAGGAACAAUCCAGCGAGAUUCAUCCCCAGGCAGUGAUUGAUGAAGAUGCCGUGAGCACUGAACAUCAACAAAGGAUUGAGGAGCCUCACAUGGCUGAUGUUGUUUUGGAAAUGCCCAAUACAGAGAAUAAAGAAGGAGGCAAAUUGCUUGAUUUGGCUGCUGAAAAUCUGGAAGUGGCUCACGUUAUGGAAGAAAGUGCAACACCUGAAGAUGAAGAAGGAAUGGGGGAAAUUUCCAAAGAGGUUGGAGCGACGGGCCUUGAUACGGCUGAGCUUACAAGGGAAACCGCGACUGUUGUGGAAUUCACAUUUGAGGGAAGGGCAGCCAAAGAAUCACGAGAGGCUACAGGAAAAUCACCUGUUGUGGGAACAUCGGUGGAAAUAACUGUAAAUAUUGAAGAGCAUCAACAUACCGAGAAUGAACCACAGGAAGAAACUGCAGAUGAGGGAGAAGUAACGGUUGCUGAGGGGACGGAAGCGCCAAUGGUAGCAGAAUCUGUUGUACCUUCUGACGAAGUAGCAAGCACAGAGGAGGAAGCAGCCAUGUCAGUGUUAGUGAAGCCCCCUAAACCUCAUCUUGCAAAAGAUACAAAACGUGCUCUUGGACUGAUGCGACGUUUGGAAGUUGAUCUGAAGGAUGUGGUAGAACCAAUACCGGAUGCAGAGAUAGCUAAGAAAAGGUUGAGUACUGAUGGGCCGUCUUCCGAUCUUGCAAAACCAGCUGACAUCACUGAAUCACAAGCUGAUGCUUUGGAAUCAUCUACGACUGAUGCAGCUCACAAUGAAGUGGACGAAGAAAGGGAUCGCGAAGAGGCAAUGAAGUUACACGCUGCACUUAAUCUUCCAUCUUUGCGUGCCCGAAAGGAUCUCGAACACCGCUCACGAGAUGGAAUCAAGGAAGGAGCGCCUAAGCCCGAUGCUACUGCAAGGAUGACCGGUAGGAAACGAAGCAUAAACGCACAGCCUAUCACGGAUUCUCCGCAGCCUGAAAGCUCGCUCAGAAAUGAGGACAAAGCCAAGCAAAAGGAACCUUCUACCGUCGAACAAGCCGAUAUGAAUGACAUAGUUGGCUCAAUUUUGGCUGGAGCCCAUACUGCGACCGUGGCACCAUCAGGAGUUACUCCUGUUCCAUCGCUGCCGGAUCCUAAUGUCCUUGAAAACUCUUCCUAUGGAGUUCCAAAGCCAAAAUCAAGCAUAUCUAAUGCAGCUGAAAUUGGUCCUCAGCCAUCGCUAAAAACCUUUGAUUCUACUCCAAAGCUCACUGAUAGUCGAAAGUCUCGUGUAAAAACCACACAGAGACCUCCCAGUGCCGAACAUGCACCUGCCAGACUUGCUGCUGCUUUUGAUGGGCAGACAGCUUCGGUAAAUCCAGCAGUGACUGUGAACACACAAGCAGCUACUCAAUCUGUUGAUGACAAGCCAAGAAUCAAGCGAGGACGUGGUCGUCCAAAGCGUCAACAUCCUCACUCUGUCAUGCUAACAUCAGCAAAGUCUGCAAUGGAAACCGCAGAGGAAGCAAAAAUUCAAAGGAGAUCAGCUGUAUCCCCUUCAUCGAGCUCUGCAUAUGUUACCAACGAAGAAGCUGUUGCAUCGGUGCAGAAUUCCUCUGAGGUAACUUCUAGUGCUGUGGCUGAGCCGAGCAAUUUGCGUGAUGAGGCAGUACACUUGCGUGAUGAGGCAGUACUCAAAACAUCGACGUUGCCAACUGUUUCUAAGAACGCCGAAAAUGUGGUUGAGCAAGCAGCUAGCAAAGAAGAGGCAGGGAGUAUGCAGGCCACUCACGAUACAAGGAAGAAAGGAAGCGUUGCACACGAUGCGGACAAUGCUGCUCCUGCGGCUUCUGGACCAUCUGAAGCUCACAAAGAAGCUCCAUCUAGCGCCGUAGGAAUUUCGAGGAAGCGCCAGCCUGAACCACCUUUGAAGUCAAUUCUUCCGAAAAGGACAAAGUUGACCCACUUACAACCAACUUCUGAAUCGUCACCUGCACUCCAUACUCGCCGACGUGGCUCUGCUGCAUCGCCUUUAGAGCUUGAUUUCUCCAUUCCGACAAGAACCAGAACAAGAACGGGACCAGUAGCUCCGAAGAGACGAAAGCCUGUGGAAGAGAGUAAGGCUGAACCCACGCAGCAGAAAGGAAGCUUAUCGGAAGCUAGCACUGAUGACGAGGAUAGGCUCUGCAUAGCUGAGCAUAACGAAGGCGAGGCGCAGCCGCCACCAGUUCAAGCAAGCGAGCCAGGAAAGGAAACUGUUUUUGGAUUAGAAGAAGAAGCUGAUGAUGAAGAACGCCUUGUUAUCGCAAAUGAAGAGGAUGAAGAGCGAGCGGCAGACGCCGUGGAAAAGGCAGCUGGAGAUCUCACAACAGCGCCUGAGGUAACUGCUGAAAAAGUUGCGUCUGAGGAUAGAGGAGAUGAGGGAGCUGUGAGCCAGCCUUCUUUGGCGCUACACGCCACACGCAGUAGUAAACGAAUUACAAGCAAGGAUGUGUCGUCUUCUACAAAUGAAUCUGCUAGAAAUUUGGACACAACAACGGAGAAAACUCCCCGGGCUCGCAGCGGAGUUCUGCAAGCAGUGAGGCGCUCGUUAGCUAAGCCUGGUUCUGGCCCAGCGACAAUGCAUAGGCUGAGCUCUAGAAUUGCAAAACAAUUGCAGCAAAGUGGUAGUGGUAUAGUAACUCGUACUAGUGCGGUAAGAAAGCGAUCUUCUAUUAGAACUCCGCGAGGACAUCCUGAAAUAACUAAGCCACUCCCUGCACCGGUCUCUGUGUCUACAAAGAUCAACUUGCGUAGCUCUGGACCUGCAGAUAAUGAACCAUCUACCAUCCAAAGAGAAUCGUUGGUUGGUAGGAAGGUUCCUGCACGAGGACUGAAAAGAAGAGUUGAAGAAUCGACAGAGACUGUGAGCUCACCUAAGAAAGCGGCGGCAGUGGAAAAUACGCUACAAAAGAAACUCCAUGGAGUGCUCACGUCCGAGCAGAAAAUUGAGGUUAUCCGUAAUACACUUGGCGAAGAUGUCGACGCGAUCGCAAAAAUGGAUCCGGAUGAAUUCGCAUCAACUAUGAUGAAGUGUUCUCUCAACUUGCAGUCAGGAGAUGUGUGGACUCUUGUACAAACGUUUUAUAGCAUGUCCGAAUUCUCAUAUAUACCCAAUAGAAAGGAAGAUAUGCUUAUCAAUAUUGCGAAUGAACUCGCUGGAGGUCCACAGAUAUGGGUGCCUUAUGUAAAGAAACUUUUAGUAACGAUCAGUACUCAAGCUAUUAAUGCUGUGAACACAACUCGUUACGUGCGACUGCUUUGUUGGGCGCUAAAUCAUGCGGGCGAUUUGCUCUCAGUUGAUGAGAAGAAGAAUUAUUUGCGUGCUGCAUUGGUCAGGAUCUUUUUGAAUGAUGUGACCGUUGCUAUCAAAGCCACAACUAAUGUACUCUUGUCCCCUGCAGCGGAAUGGCUAGACUGGAUGAAUGAUAAGAAUGACCCAUUCUUUGUGAUCCUUUCGCUGGCUUUAUCUUCAAGACAGGCUGAAGGCAAGAUUCUUCUCUGGGCAUGGUUCCAACAGUUUUCUCAGGAGCUCCAAGUAUUGGACGUAUCUCCUGCAUCUCUAAGGAAAACAUUCGAUGAACUUCUUGAACGACUGGACAAACUCGCCGCAAGCCGCGGUGAAAGUCGAGCGGAUGACAUUGCAAACACGCUGCCCACCGAGGAAGAAAUAGCUUUGAUGAACAUCGCUACUUCAUUCUUUCCCCCAGGAAGUGGUACGACCGUAGUUGCCAAAACUGUUGUCGGUGAAAUCCUGAAAGAUUGCGUCAGUCGUAUCAGAACGGCUCUGAAUCCUCGCACAAUAGAUGGUGAUAGGGAGUGGCCAAAAGCGCUAAUGGUAGAUUGUCGACUGAGAAUAUGCAUCAAUCUGGCCAUGAAAGCCAUAUUGUGCAAGGAUGCAACUUUGAGCCGAGAAUUUUGCGCUUUACUCCAGAGUGACAUUUCAUCGGUCCGCGAUCUUCGAGAUGAUGUGGAGAAAUCCGUUGAAGAGAGACCUUGGAUGAGAGUUUACCAUGACGUCAUCAAUGACAUUUUGGGUCUCAUGCAGACAUUAACCUCCUAUGAGCUCUAAUAACAUUUAGGAACUACAAGUUCGUGACAUGGUUACAUGGGUUGUCUUUGAUCUCUUGUAUCUGAUGGAAAAGAGUGGUAGAAUCAUUGCUUUACCUUUUGAAUCUUGUUACUAAUCAGUGUAAAUUAGACUCAUUCUUGCCUUAAUUUUAAAAGAGAGUUUUGUUUCCUUUGUUUACCUCAAAAAUCCGGUUAUUGAGACUGGUAUUUCUGCAUCGGUGCUAUGUUGUUUUUGUUAUGCUAUAUGUUAAUAAUCACAGAGGUAUGUAACAUUCGUUGUUAAACUUAGUAUAGUAAAGUUGUCUCCCUUGCUGUUAAAGAAGUAAUCAC